GCGCGGUCCGCGCGUCUACCAAGUCUGCGAGGCCGCGGUGGGCGCGGAGAACCUGCCGCCACAGCCCGCGCGCCCCGCGGAGCCCGGCCUGCCCCGGGGUCUAUGGGGCCACCCCUCUGCGCCGCCCGGCCGGCCCCACGCCGCGCCCGGAGCCUUCCCCGCGGCCAGGUCUCCUGGGGGCCCCCCUCGGGCACCGAGCGCUGCCUCUGGCUCCUUUCCGCGGCAGGAGACGCGGGUCUCGAGUCCCGCAGGCUGCUCUGGGCCCGCCUGAGCCCGCCCCCGCGGAGAUGGCGGCCCCCUACCCCAGCAGUGGCAGCGGAGGCGAGGUCAAGUGCGGGGGAGGUCGCGGCCGCAGCGUCCCGUGGGACUUUCUGCCUGGGCUGGCGGUCAAGGCCCCUCCGGGACCCUGCCUGCAGGCGCAGCGCAAGGAAAAGUCCCGGAACGCGGCGCGCUCGCGGCGCGGAAAGGAGAACCUGGAGUUCUUCGAGCUGGCCAAGCUGCUCCCGCUGCCCGGAGCCAUCUCGAGCCAGCUGGACAAGGCGUCCAUCGUACGCCUCAGCGUCACCUACCUCCGCCUGCGCCGCUUCGCCGCCCUCGGGGCGCCGCCCUGGGGACUGCGGGCGGCAGGGCCCCCGGCCGGCCUCGCCCCAGGCCACAGGGGCCGCGUGGCGCUGGUCUCGGAAGUCUUCGAGCAGCACCUGGGAGGACACAUCUUGCAGUCCCUGGAUGGCUUCGUGUUUGCCUUGAACCAAGAAGGGAAGUUCCUCUACAUCUCUGAGACCGUCUCCAUUUAUCUAGGUCUCUCACAGGUGGAGCUGACGGGUAGCAGCGUCUUUGACUACAUCCAUCCCGGAGACCACUCCGAGGUGCUGGAGCAACUGGGGCUCCGGGCUCCGACUCCGGGGCCUCCCACCCCGCCCUCCGUUCCCUCCUCUUCCUCCUCUUCGUCUUCCUCCUCGCUUGCGGACACCCCUGAGAUCGAGGCCAGCGCGACCGAGGUGCCUCCCUUCUCCCGGGUCCAGGAGCGCUCCUUCUUCAUCCGCAUGAAGUCUACCCUCACCAAGAGGGGGCUGCACGUCAAGGCCUCGGGGUACAAGGUCAUCCACGUCACGGGGCGCCUUCGGGCCCGCUCCCUGGGCCUCGUGGCUCUGGGUCACACGCUGCCCCCCGCCCCACUGGCUGAGCUGCCACUACACGGACAUAUGAUCGUCUUCCGUCUCAGCCUGGGUCUCACCAUCCUUGCUUGUGAGAGCAGAGUCAGCGACCACAUGGACCUGGGGCCGUCGGAGCUCGUGGGUCGCAGCUGCUACCAGUUUGUCCAUGGACAGGACGCAGCAAGGAUCCGCCAGAGCCACCUGGACCUGCUGGACAAGGGGCAGGUGAUGACCGGUUACUACCGUUGGCUGCAGCGGGCUGGAGGCUUUGUGUGGCUUCAGUCCGUGGCCACCGUGGCCGUGAGCGGCAAGAGCCCCGGGGAGCGCCACGUGCUCUGGGUCAGCUACGUGCUCAGCCAAGCCGAGGGCGGCCAGACCCCUCUGGAUGCCUUCCAGCUUCCGGCCAGCGUGGCCUGUGAGGACACCUCCAGCCCUGAGCCGGAGCCCACAGAGCCAGAGCCUCCAGGGGAAGGGAAGCAGGCUGCCCCCCUAGACAACGACGAGGCCCCCCGGAGCCGGGGCAAACGCAUCAAAGUGGAGCCUGGCCCAGGGCAGGCUAAAGACCCAGAGGACAGUGGGGACGAGGAGUCGUCUGGCCACCUGGCCCUGCCACGACCCGAGUUUACUUCUGUCAUCCGGGCAGGGGCUCUGAAGCAGGACCUGGUGCGGCCUUGGGGCCUGGGGCCUCCCGGGGACCCCUCACCUUCCCUCCUCCAUGCGGGCUUCCUGCCACCCGUCGUGCGGGGCCUCUGCACACCGGGCACCAUCCGCUAUGGCCCCGCGGAGCUGGGCCUUGUGUACCCGCACCUGCAGAGGUUGGCCCCGGGCCCCACCCUCCCCGAGGCCUUCUACCCCACCCUGGGCCUGUCCUACCCGGGGACCACCACCGGGACCCGGGUGCAGCGGAAGGGGGACUGAGGACUGGAGGGCUGCGUACAGAGCCGGACCCUGAGGGACAGAUGGGGCCUGGAGGGCACCGCCAGAAGGCUGAGCUCAGCCCAGUUGGUGGGCCUGGAAAAUUAAACACCUUCUCCCUCUCUGUG